AUGCGAACGCACAUGCACAUGUGUUUUGUUUAGUGCGAGGGCGAUAUUGUAGUUUUGAGAUUUCUGACGAUAAAAAAAUGGAUCAAGCGCCGGAUAUUUCCAAAAUUUUAGCAAAAAUAGGCAGCGAUAGCAAGACGGAAGAAGUAGCAUCCAAAAAAAGAGGCAUCAGUGAUGAUAAAUCUGAAAAAUGCAAACCUUCCAAAGUAACAUCAAAGAAAAAUCAGAAGCCAUCCAAACCGGAACACAGCAUACCGAGAGGUCAACCCAAGUCUGGACGGAUCUGGAAAACUCAAAAAGAGAGAUUUGCUGUUGUUCGAAAAUCAGUAAAAGGAAAGCCCCCAGUGAAGCAUUUCGCGUAUCGUGAAGAAAUCAAAAACAUCAAGGCACUUUCGCGAUCGAUCAAGGAAGAACGGAAACAACAAGAAAUAGAGAAAGCGCAACGUCGCGAAGAGAACAAACUUCGAAGGUUGGAAAAUGAACGAAAAUCGGAAAUUGUUCAAAUCAUCAAGAACCCGGCCAAGCUGAAACGAAUGCGCAAGAAGCAACUAAGGCAGAUUGAGAAACGGGAUAUUAGCAAAAUAAAAGUAGUCUAGUAUCUGCGUUUAACUUUAUUGGCUUAUUCCU